AUGUCCACUGCCGGCCCUUCACGCUCGCCCCACCCGUCUUCUCGCUACCACCCAUACACCCUCCAGCCCUCCAGCCCCCAGGACAACCCGCGCUCACAGCCCCAAGUGAAAGCUCGCCGCAACCACGACCCCGCUCCAACCAACGGCGAACCUCCCAGCCCGCCCCGCUCCAGACGCGAUCCCAGCGAGACACCCAGUGUAUCGCUCUCCAUGGCAUUCGGCGGCUCGGCAGGCGGAAAGUGGUGGGACGAAGAGCUCCGACUGUCUUCUAUGAUCCACACCCGCUUGACGAUCCUCCAAGCACGUCUGUCGCUGCACCAGGCAGCCCUCGCUAUGAACGCUGCCGGCGCUCCCCCCAUGCCUGCCGAGCACUAUCCCCGCCCUCCUUCCGAGGCCGACCUCCGUGCCCGCUCGCCCGAACGUACACCGUCGCUCAGCACCUCUCGCGACUCGGCUUCAGCGUCCUCUGACCGGUUGGCUUCGCCAACGGGGGGUAACGAGUACAUGCUGCCACCGCCUGUGCGUCAUGGGUACGAGGUUUAUGAAAAAUCAAUGGACAAGGCCGCGGAUGAGGCGAGACCGAGGUACUGGCAGUUGCCGGCCAUGUCUCAGGCUCCGGCGCGAAGUAGCAGACAAUUGUCGCCUCUUCGUGAUGUCGCAAAGGAGAGGUUGGUGAGCCCGAAAGAGACGGCAGGCAGAGAUAGGUCCGGGAGUGGGAUUGAGAUGUUGCUGGAUGCGGGUAUGAGGGGGUUGGAGAGUGAGCGCACGCGUUAG